AUGGCUGAUCGGAUUGAUCGAUUGAGAGCCUUGACUGGCCAACAAGAAGUCUACGAUAAUACCAGUAUGGAGGAAACACAAGGCGAAGUCGAAGAUACACUCAGUCUCCCCGAGGGAUACACCUUUCGAGCUCAUAAUGUAUAUGAGGGUACUUCUGAAGAGGAUGACACUCCGCCUCCUCCUCGAGCACCAAAUCUAAAAAAAUCAAACAAGCGUAACAAAGUUCCUCAACCGCAGUGGAAAGAGGACUCCGACUGGGAUGGCGGGGACAACAUGACGGCUAGAAUGCGCGCAGGAAUGAAUCAAAGUCUUCAUGGAUCUUCAGCGCCAUUACUUUAUCCUGAGCUGGGUUCCAAUGACUUCCCGGAGUAUAAAGGUCUGGAGUAUGGUCAGCUUGCUGCUGAGGGAGAGAGCUUUUGUCCUUGGAAGACUGUUAUGCAGUACCCACACAGAUAUGUUGGCAAUGCUAAUAGAUCAAAGGUCACAGGAGGCUUCUUCGACGGCGGUAAAUGCUACUUGCAAACUUGGGAUUUCUUUUACCUGUACCGACUCAAAGAAGACUCGAACCAAAGCCCCAUGUUCCUGGUCCCUACAAAGCAAGUCGACUACUUCCUGAAUGUUAUCAACAGGUCACUUGGUAUAAAUCUUACUAUUCCUUCUGGGUCCAAAGGCACAUUUCAAGCAGUAUUUAACAACGACGGCACUCCUUACCCCAGAUACCUUGGUCGAGUACUAAACAAGAACAUGGCGGAUGAGGUGAGAGAAAACGUUCCACCUCGAUACUACAAGCUUGAUGGCGAACCUCCCAUCACAAAGCCCCUGGUAGAUACAUCACUUGAGGCUUUUAGAGCCAAGAUCGAAGCUUUGAACAUAACCGCAAAGAACAAGAAAGCCGCUAAUAAGGAGAAACAACGAAUCGAUCGGAUUGCAAAGCAACAAGCUUGGAAGGAUUCUACCAAGCGCGUUCAGCGUUAUCUGGGAUUGCGCAAACGAUCAGAUGACAGCUCACCUGCAGGUCACAAUACCGCGGAUGACAAUACAUUUUACGAUCCGGAGCACCCUACAAAGUUUAUGAUGGAAGAUGCUGUCGUUUUUGUCUGUAUAGAUGUUGAAGCAUACGAACUCAACAACAAUAUCAUUACAGAGAUUGGCAUUGCUACUCUAGAUGUUUUGGACAUUGCUAAUAUGGAACCGGGUAUACUUGGAGAGAACUGGAGAAAGGCAAUCCGUGCUAGACAUUUCCGCAUCAAAGAGCAUAUGCAUUUCAACAACACAAAACAUGUUCAGGGAUGUGCUGGUGACUUUAGAUUCGGCAAGAGCGAGAUUAUCUCCCGGGAAAAUGCACCUCAUGUAGUUGCAACUUGCUUUAAAUAUCCUUUCUCCUCCACGUCUCCUUCUGCAGAACUCGCCGACAAGAAACGUAACAUCAUCCUCGUCGGCCACGAUGUAGAUGCUGACAUUCGUUUCCUCCGUCAGAUUGGCUACGAGAUUAAUAAUCUCCAGCUACAUGAAGGUUGUGACACCACUCUCAUGUGGCGAGCUUUGAAGCGGGAAGUCAAUCCAAGAAGUUUGGCCGCUAUACUUCAUGAAAUUGGUAUUGCAGGCUGGAGCUUACAUAAUGCUGGUAAUGAUGCGGUGUAUACUUUGCAAGCUAUGCUGGGAAUUGCGUGUAAGCAUUUAGUAGAUAGAAAGACGGAAAUAAAGGAGAAAGAUAAGUUGAAGAAAGAGAGAAUUUCCGAGGCCGUCAAGGAAGCAGCAGAAUUGGCUUACGAGCGCGAACAAGGUUGGUCCUCAGAUGGUAGCGACGGUGGUGAUCGUAUCACACCCGAGCAAGCAGAGGCCAAGAAAGCAGCUGAUGCUGCCAAGAAGGCUGCAAGUAGAAGACCAAAGGUGACAGACGUAGAUGAAUUGUGGCGUGGUGGUUCUAAACCAGCCACAGCUACUGCUCCUGCUUCUGUCUCUUGGGCUGGUAUAGCUCAAGGUCGAAGUCAAGCUCAACACAGUCCUCACGAGAGCUGGGGAACACCACCUGCCACUCCGACAAAAGCUGAGAAAAUCAGUACCGGUUUGACUUCUGCACCUGAACCAACGCUCAUGUCCGCAGAGCAGUUUGGAUACAGAAGCGGAUACAAGAGCCCAGCUUCAAAUCUCAACCCAUCAGCAAGAAACUUUAAUUCUACUUCUUCUGAUAUCAAAGCCAAUUCCCAGGGCCAAGCACCUUCUGAAACCCGUACAGGUGGUACUUGGAAUCGAGACUGGGUAACUCGAAAUACAACCGCGGCUUCUACUCCUGCCUCUACUACUGAUCCUUCCUCGGUCCCAACCGACCAACUUUCUACAUCCGCAUCCGCAUCUACCCAUACCAGUACCAGCACAAGAGGCUCAACCCACCCAUCACAAACCACCACCACCACCCUCGCCCAACUCCAACAACAAGGUCGUAUCCCCAUGAAUAUUUCAGCAAAUACGCAAUUUCAGGAACAGGACUCGUCGGCAGCAAAGGCACAAGUACAAGUACAGGCACAAGUCGAUGCCGAGAAACGAAAUCUGAAACAGAAACAGAAUCCGUGGCCAGCGGAUUCGAAGGGAAAGCACGUGGCUCGGUGGUAG